AGAGAUUCGAUUGAUGAUGGCAUGAUGUGAAAAAACCCUGGGGAGCUUGUGUAUUUCGGCUUUCUGGUAUUUGCUUUGUGUCUAGGACGUGCGGCUACCAGCUGGUAAUGUGAACUGCUGGAAAAAUGUCGACCACAGCUGCCAAGAGACUUGUCGUUUGCGGAGGCAACGGCUUCGUGGGGUCGAGGAUAUGCAAGCACGCAGUCACGAGGGGAUGGGAUGUCACGUCCAUAAGCCGCUCGGGUGAGCCACACUGGGCCUCGGUGACCUCAUCCCCGUCGCCCCCGGCCUGGGCCCACAAGGUCAGCUGGGAGAGGGCAGACAUCUUCCGGCCGGAGCAGUGGGCGCCGCUGCUCAAGGGGGCCGACUACGUGGUGCACAGCAUGGGCAUCCUCCUCGAGGCCGACUACAAGGGCGUCAUCUCGGGCCGCGAGUCCCCCAUCGCCGGCCUGCGCAGGGCCUUUGCCGCUGGGCCGGGCGCGUCGGCCGGCGCGGCCCCGAGCCCGCUCGAGCCGCACUACCAGCAGCAGCAGCAGCAGCAGCCGCCACCGCCCGCCGCGGCGCUGACCUAUGAGAGGAUGAACCGCGACAGUGCCCUCAUCCUAGCCAAAGAGGCAGCCAGGGAGAAGGUGAGCGCCUUUUGCUUCCUGUCGGCGGCCGCUGGCGCGCCCGUGCUGCCGGCGCGCUACCUCAGCACCAAGCGCGACGCCGAGAGCCUCAUCUCGAGCGAGUACCCCCACAUGCGCGGCGUCUUCGUCCGCGCCCCCUUCAUGUACGACAGCUCCAGGGCCUUCACCAUCCCCAUGGCGGCGGCAGCCGGUCUGGGCAGCCUCUUCAACCGGGCCACCGGCGGCGUUCUGGGCGGCUUCCUGGGCGCCGGCGCCGUCAAGCCCCUCAAGGUCGAGGACGUCGCCGCCGCCAUUGUCGAAGGUCUGAGCGACGACAAGGUCAUGGGACCCGUCGAGGUGCCCGAGAUCGAGGAAUUAGCGAACAAGGGCUGGAGGAAGGAGAUGCUUUAAGCUCGAGCCAUGCCAUUUCCCCCGGACAAGUUCUACAUGGAGAACCUGCAUCCCAGAAAUGGUCUUUGGCGAGUUUGUUAGCUGUGUAUCAUUAGACAUAACGGGACCUCGUUUCUUCGGGUUAAAACCGCCACAAAGGUGGAGAUGUUUCGCUGUCAUUUCUUUUCGAAUCCUCAGGGCGAUCCUUGCCCGUGUAAAUCCAUUGAUGCCCGCUUGCCCAGUCUUAUAACCAUCACCGUAACCCCUGACGCAUGUGAUAUGCCCCCGUCGUAUGAGAAGAAAGAUGCUAGAAGGAAUAGCCAGAAGUGAAAGAAAUAUGUGUCAAAUUAUCAAAUCAUAGUACCGCGCUCAAAGCUCUC